AUGGUUGGUGCCAUGAAAAAACAAACGCCGUCCCCUGGGAGGCGCAAGCGUUCCGUCAGAACAGACACGCCAAACGAUUUUCCCAGGAAGGAAGUUAUAAGACAGAACUACAUGUGUCUUGGGCUUGAAAUUGCGAAAUGUAUUGAUAUUCUUGUCACUGCUUCACCGCUCCCCAUCAUUACACUCUACACGGCAGCCGUUCCACUUUCUCUCUGGUCGUUGGCUUUGGCUCAAGCACUUUAUUUCUUUCCACAGUUGUGGAGCACAGUCAUUUGCGAGCGCUUUGCUCGGCGUUUUAAUGGAAUUACAACAUAUACGGCAACACUAAUUGCCACAGCAAUAAGCAGUUUUAUCACGGCAAACGCACUUCGUACACAUUCUUUAUUUUUGUAUCUUCUUGCACGUUUUGUUAGCGGUUUGUUUCGUCACGCCUUAUCUUUUAGUGCUCUUGCUGCUCGUGAACUCUCAGACGCAUCAAAGGGAUACGACACACAAAAAAUCUCCAUCUUCAGUCUUAUGGCUGCCAUGCUUUUUGGUGGGGUACUUGGUGAGUACGCUACAGACGUGGCAGCUGCAAUUGAAAUGUUGGCUACCAUGGAAUUUGCAACUGCCGUAACGCUCAUGCUCCUCUCUUUUACAUGUACACAUGGGACAAGGACAGCUCCCGGAGCUACUUCAGUGGAAGAGUACAAAAACUGGCUGCUGAGGCAGCCCUACAGCUGUAUUUCAUUUUUUGUUCCUACCGCUCUUUGUGUGUCUUGUGCAUCCAUGAGCCAAUGUAUGUAUCCUUUCAUUGACCGUCAGGUGUUUCAGCUGCACUAUGUUUUUAUUGGACUUCACAUGGCAGUUGUUAUUGCCAUUGAGGCGAUUAUUGCUCCUGUUUUAAUAAAAAGAUGUGGUGAGAUGAAUCAGUGGAUGAUUCAUACUUGUGCCGCAUUUCUUCUUUUUGGCUCAUGGCUCAGUCCAUGGGUAAGUGAAAACGGCCUUUUAUUGUACCUGGGCGCAACAAUGCUGUUUACGGAUCUUCCCGCCGCCAUGUUAGGAGUGGUGUUUUCUUCUGUAGCUGAGAAUGGUUUCAAAACAUCUGACAGGGUUUUUUCAAGCAACCUACAUCGCCAUGUAAAGCAGUUUUGCAAGCAAUGGUCUCCUAUCCUUCUUAUAUUCGUUCACAGUAUGUUAAUUGAUCGUCAAGACGCAACUCGUGUCGUGUUGAUGCCUUUUUCAGUUGGAUUGGUGACAAUUAUUUUGACACAUCAAAUCAAAAGAGCAUUGGCCGCUAUCUUUGUUUCUGGUUGGGCCAUUGCGACCUUCUCUUCUUUGGGCGACGAAGGCAUUUGGGUGACGUUGAUUUCAACUAUUGGCUUAAUGAUGGUUGGGCGCUCCACGGGUGAAACGUGA